CUUGCUGCGAACACUCGGAAGAAAAGUGAACCAAUACUUUGGUGGAUCAACAGGCUGCUUCUCUCAGCAACACACUCACAAUGACAAAAGAGUCUCAAUGCUUUUGCUCAGUUUUUGGAUGAGCCUGACUGACUGGAUCGAGGAUCUGUUUGUUGACAACCCUGAGAGUUGCUGAUGCUUGAAACAUGGCAGGUCUAUCAGCACAGUGUCCAGGGAGCCUGUCUGGAGAGGAUAAUGGGGACCAAACACCUUCACACAGAUCUUGAAGUAGAGAAGAAAACACUCGGUCCAAGAUGAACCCUGAAUCUUUGGAGUCAUCCAUCCAAGGGGCCCUCUCAGCUCUCUUUCCGCCUUUUGAGGCGACAGCGCCCAUCGUCCUGAGCCAGCUGUUUCGAACGAUUGAGGAGCAUUACCACGGUGACGCCUUACAGUGUCUGCUUGACUUCCUCAUCCCUUCCAAACACCUGCUGGAAAGUGUCCAACAAGCUGCUUGUGCUGGAUUCUGCGACGUGGUGUUCCGCUGUGAGGGCUGGCCUCUUUGUCUUCAUGACAAGACGGUGAUCCAGUUGGCACCGAUCAACCCCCUGCUGCUGCGCCCUGGAGACUUUUAUCUUCAAGUGGAACCUUUCGGGGAACAAGCGGCUCGCAUUGUCCUGAAAAGCCUGUUGGAGGAGGGUUGCCGGGAGGUGGAGGAAACCCCAGUACCUGAGACUUCCUACCCGUGUAUCUUCACCGAAGACUGGCUGCAGGAGCUCAACGAAGGUCGCCAUGGAACGCCGCUGUCCCGCUGCCUGGUUAGCACAGAUCAAGGAGUGAUCAAGCUCCCGUGGGCGGAGAUCGCCGUCCCUGAGUUUUUGGAGAAGCCGAAGAUCAUGCCCGCGUAUCAGAAACCUCAUCCAGAGCCGAAGAAGAUAUCCUUUGCAAAGCGGUGUAACUCCUUCACGCUCCCCCUGGAGGCUGUCGUUCCUCCCAAAGACAGGAUGUCAGCAUCUCUACGGCCGGUGGAUUACUCUUCGAAACUGGUUCGAAUGGAUCACGAGAAGAGAAACGCCAAAUCUUUCAGCAAACCACUGAUGAAGCCAGUGGGUUGGGUAUCGCCGAACACCUGGGACAGUCCCAACUAUCCUGAGGUGGAGGGCGAUUAUGUAGACCUGGUUGAUCUUGCCAAAAGAAAGGAGGUUAAAGGUCAAACGGAAAAUGUUCAGUCCAAUCCAGUUCUAUUUAAGCCCGUCAGAUCCCCUCCACCUGUACCAGCUGUCAAUGGGGUUUACUGCGGAGCGACCCUUCAGUUUCCAGAAGAGCCCUGUACCCCCUGCAACAAGAGAAAGCUGGGGUACGAGCCGACUGAGGAGGACUUAAAGUGCCGCUACAGAGACUCCUACAUGGCCGCACUGAACAACCCGGUCACUUUCGAGAAGGAAAGUGUGGACCUUCUGGCUGCACUGGAGGAGGUCAGUCUCUGCGAGGAAACAGAGCCGAGCGCGUCUUCAGGAGUAAAACCUGGGCUAACGGAAGGCUGUGAAGACAGCAAAGAUGCCAUGUGUAACAAGCAGUGCAACAACAACCUCGUCCUGAAAACACCAGAGAGGUGCCCUGCAGAGUCCGCGGACAUCAUGAAGGAAUCCCCGGUUGUUCUCAAAUCAACGCCUGGCCUAAGCUACAGUCAUAAAGUCCAGACUAAGAUGAUUUCCCAUGAAUCGCUGCAUCAUGUCAGCGUGCAUCAAGCGACCGAUGACAACUUGAAACCCCAGAAAAAGGUGGAGGAUGAACGUGUGAAACACAAAGUGAAAGUCAGGUCCUUGUCCACUGUGUCGGACACCCCGCAAGGAAGCCCACUCUCGUAUAAACUCAAUAACCGCAGUCACAGCGAUAUCUGUCCAGAGACGAUCAACGACAUCAUGCAAAGAAGACAACAGGAAGUUCCAGGUCCGGUGACUCCGAAGCUAGAGAGGUGGAAGUUACUCAGAAAAGAUGGCGCUGACGGCAGACUGCAGGCCUUGAAGACCGACACGUUUUGUCAGCCAGCUUCUGUCUCUUCUGGUAGCCCGAAAUCUCCACGAAGCCCAGAAUCCAGCUUCAAAAGCGUAUGUGGUCUCCUUCAGCUGGGGAUCAUCUGUCUGCCAGGGAGCAGGGACCGGACCGGAAGAGCCGUUGUGGAGGUUCACUGUGACAGAGAGGUGUGGACGUCACCAUUAGUCACAGCCCAGAAUCUCUGUGAGCUGCUGCUCUACCUUCAUUCCAUACCCAGCAAAGACGUCCGGGAGCUGGGAAUGACUCUGGUGAUCAAUGCCAGGAGGAAAGCCCCUCCGCCACAUCUCUAUAAAGCCUUGCUGAUGGCCCAGGAGCAGGCUCUUCACGCGGUCCACUGCGUGGUGAUGCUGGUGGAAAAAGACACCUUUCCUCGUCCUGAAAAACAGCCGGGCCUGCAGAUGGACAUGGUCACAUCUAUGAAAGCCCUCAACAAGACCGUGGAAGCGUCCCAGUUGACCUCUGGCCUUGGUGGAACCUUCGUUUACAGUCACGUCGACUGGCUGCAGUUCCAGCAGAGACUGGUUUCUUUCAUGAAUGAUCUCCAAGGAGCGGACAGCUUGCUGCAGAGGGCGAUCAUGAAGAUGGAGGGAAAUCCCAUUUUGGAUACACCGCAGGAGGUGCAAAGCUGCAUUCAGGCUCAGAGGACUUUAAUGAAAGAGGUGCUGGAGGACUCUCGACUGGUCACUCUGCAGAGAGAAGGUGGCGCUGUCCUGGCCCGGAUGAGGAGGGAAGAGUUCAGGUUUCCACAGUCUGAGGACUACAGAGACGCUUUGGACGCAGUCACCAUCCUCUACAACCAGGUCGAAGAGAAAGUUCACACACUAGUCAUGAGGUCAAAUGAAUCAUCGCAGAGUCUGGAGGUCCUCUUCAAGCUCCGGGAAAUGGAAGCCAAAAUCAGCUCAACUGGGACAUGGUUCAACACAGAAGGUGAGCAGAGACUGAAGGAUUCCUGCCCAACUGAUGAGUCCUUCAGCCACACUGAAAAAGCCUUUCAGGUGUUUGACCAGUUUCUUCAGGAGUCAAAGGCCAAGCAGCAGAGUGCCUUGAAUGUAGUGAGGGAUGCAGAGCGGCUUGUGGGCCACUGUCCCUCCAGCCCCGCUGCCGAUAUUUUCCGCACUCUGGUUAACACUUUCAAGUGCAAUCUGGAGGACUUCAUGUUGCGAGCGCAGCAAAGGCACAAGGAGCUGGACGCUCUGGUGCAUGUGUUUCGCUUCUGUGAUCAGGCGUCUUCCCUGGCCAAGGAAUGCAGUCAGUUUUUAGAAAAUCUCGAGCAAAGGUGUGAGUUUGCUCAGGCUGACCAAAGCACACUGAAGAUGUAUGAAGAAAGAUUAGGUGGCGAAUUCUCCACCUCGCACUUCCAGGUUCUGAAAUCUAAAGCCUGUGCCGUGCGGUCCGGCGCCACAGGUGCUAUGAAGGUUUGGAAUGCAGCCUGGAUGCAGUGCCAAGGAGUCCGACAGCGUCUUGAGAAAAUUCUGAGGAAAAAUAAGAAGAAAAGUGUUGAUAAAACCCAGAAGACCGCAGCUGUAAACACUCCAACUGCUGUCGGAGCAGAGAAGGAGGAGGAGAGCAGAGGGUCCAAGACGGAAUCCUCCCUGGCCCAGCUGGUGAUUCCCGAGCCGUCCAGUGACGGUACAUGUUCCAAGAGGCAAUCUGAGCCUUUGUUCAAGGAGGAAGUGAAACAGCAAGCUGCAGCUCCAUCACUGACGUGUCAAUCUUCUUCUACUCAAAAUGGACCCUGCCAUCUGAAACGAAAAUCAAGAAGACAUCGCAGUGAGUCUGAUUUGACGACUGAAGCCGACAGCAGAGGGCACCGGCCACUGCGCCGCUCCCUGAGUGAGGGAUCAUGUGACGUCUCUGAUCUAAAAGUUGGCUUCAGCAUUCCCUCCUUCAAUAAAGCGAGAGAGUCUGAGCGCACCCUGCCACUCCAGGUUAAACCCCAGAAUAUCCAAGAUCUGCCCUCCCUGCCUCAGCAGAGUUUACAUUCCGAACACUCCAGCUGCAAGUCAAGACCAGGCAGCAAUGAGCUGGAGGGUGGUCCAGCAGCAGGACGCUCGGCCUCCACCCGGAGCCCCAUGGACCCAAACCCUCCAGAGACAUUACUCAUUCCACCAGAGGAUCAUGGCAGCAAUGCUAUGAAGCUGCGCAGGAUCAUGGAGGAGCUGCUGACCACGGAGAGGGAGUAUGUCAAAGCUCUGGGCUACGUACGUGAGCACUACUUUCCUGAGCUGGAGCGCGCUGACGUGCCUCAGGACCUGCGGGGUCAGAGAGGAAGCAUAUUUGGCAACCUAGAAAAACUCCAUGACUUCCAUCGUCAUCAUUUCCUGAGCGAGCUGGAGAGCUGCUUCCAUGAACCUUUGAGAGUCGGACGCUGCUUUCUUCGACACAAAGAGAAUUUUGCCUUGUACGCCCUCUACAGCAAGAACAAGCCUCAGUCUGACUCUCUUCUCAUCAAUCAUGGACAAGCUUUCUUCAAGCAAAAGCAGCUGAGGCUCGGGGACAAAAUGGACUUAUGGUCGUACUUGCUGAAGCCCGUCCAGAGAAUCAGUAAAUACAGCCUGCUGCUGCAGGACAUGAUGAGGGAGUGCGGCCCCAAACAAGCCAGAGAGCUGAUCGAGACCAAAGCUGCCCUGGAGGUCGUCCACUUUCAGCUCCGACAUGGAAACAACUUGCUGGCCAUGGACGCCAUCCUCAACUGUGAUGUGAACUUGAAGGAGCAGGGGCAGCUGAUUCGCCAGGACGAGUUCUUGGUGACUUUCCGCAAGAAGAAAUGUUACCGUCACAUCUUCCUCUUCCGAGAUCUCAUUCUCUUCAGCAAGACCAGGAAGACAGAUGUUGGGAAUGACACUUAUCUCUACAAGCAGUCGUUCAAGACGUCGGACGUGGGAUUGACACAAAACUGUGGCGAGACUGGCCUGUGUUUUGAGAUCUGGUUCAGAAAAAGGAAAACACAAGACACAUACACGCUCCAGGCACCAACCCGAGAGGUGAAGGAGGCCUGGACUAAGGACCUGGAGCGGAUCCUCUGGGAACAGGCGGUACACAAUAGAGAGGUGCGUAUGCAGGAGAGAGUCUUCAUGGGCAUUGGGAACAAGCCUUUUAUGGACAUCCAACCCAGUGACGCCGCCAUCAGCGACAGAGCCGUCAACUAUGUGCUGCUGGGAAGAGAAAACCGGAUCCUCCCUUCUCUUGGAUCGAGCAGCUCACCGGACGUGCUCUCCGGAGCGAGACCCAAAUCUGUUUCAAGAAGCACUUCAUCAUCAUCAUCUUCGUCUGGCAGGGGCUCUCUGUCACCUGGCUACAUUUGCUUACCGAAGCAGAGAGCGGUGUCUGGAGAACUGGAAGGAUAUGUGUCACCAUCCGGCAUUCUCGAGGAGGACGACAUGGACCAUGCUCCGAAUUUGUUAUUAGACAGCUCGGAAUCCUCAGGAGAGAGCGUGAGUGGGUUCAGCAGCUCAGGUCACAGCUACGUGGAGAGAGAAGCGGAGGACUGCUCUCCAGUCUGCGGAGCCGCUGCUGUUAAACUGACCGUCCCAGUCGGGUCCCGACCUUUGAAGCACCAUGUCAACCUCUCCCCUGGAAAAGUGCAGCCCAAAGUGAAGGACACCAACUUGGGGAAGUCCACUGAGGUCUGACCUCGACGAGAAGGUACAGCCCCACCCAUCUUUGUUCCGCAUUGACCCGUUUUUCUCCAGAAAUGAAGACGGGUGAACAGACUUGAAACCAAAACCACUUUGUAAAUAUUUGCUGACUCAGUCUCAUAACUCAUGCCUUGCAAAUGCACUGUACUGACAAAGAUAAUAUUGCUUUUAUAAAGUGUAAAUCUGUACAUUUGUUUUUGAACACGAUUUCCAUGUUGGUAUUUGAAGUGAAUUUGAUGAUCAGAAAUGAAGAUUAUGCAACAAUUGGUGUACAAUUUGGUCUAAAAUAUUUCGGCGAUGAAUGUUUAAGAAUAUUUAAGUUUCACCUCUGUGACACGCAUACAUGUGCUGCCAUUACGGAUUUAUCCUCGUAUGUGUGAUGAACCCAUGAAUGUAAAUAAUCUGUGGGGCGACUGACGUUGAUGUGAGCCUGACAAGUCAUGACCCUUCACCUUUGUCUGGAGGGGCUUCCAUCCUCCAUCCUCUGAGCAGAGUUGGUUUGCAUCACACCUGAUGUGUGAGCAUUUUAUGGCUCUGUUUGUACUACACUGGCUUUGUCCAGAUACUUAAAGUUUCCAAAAUAAAAUGUUGAAGUUCUGUAUAUUGUGUAAAUAAUUCAAUAACCUGGGUGUUCAAUGAGACACCUCACUGAGUCACUCAUCGAUGUUGGUUUCGUAUACAUGCUGUUUUUAAUAUGUUUUAAAUUGUGAUUGUAUUUUUCCCCAUCGUGCCAAACAUAUUUCACAUUUGGAGGCUCUGUAAUUUAUUUGAAUAUUGUAAUGUUUUUAUUUCAAGUUCAGUACCCGAGGCUAAAAUAAUCAAUGUCGCGAUAUGACAAUAACUCAAAGGUUAAAUUCUUGUCACUGUUUUCUUUUUUAGACACUUUUGUAUGCAGACUUUUUUCCAACAAUAAAUA